CCGUCAUUUUCCUACUCGCCCUCUGACAUCAACCACCUUCUCUGUAGCUACAGUUUCUCUGCACUCAAAUUCAUCCCUGGCAAUGAAAAAUGAGCCUCUCCCCUACCCUUGCUGCCGCCUUUCGCCUCACGCCCCCAGAGAAGAGUUUCUUCGUGUGGCAGCCGGUGAAGGUUUUUUUCCAAGUCACAUGAUCCAGGAUGCAGGGGGAGAAUCCUUCUUGGAACAGAGAUGGGCCCAGAACCGAAUGAGAUGAGGAGAGAUAGGGUGUGCUGUGGGAAGACUAUAUAAGAAUGGACCCACGGCUGCAGCAAGCACUCAACCGAGUGGCCCCUUCUCAAGACACAGCCAUGCAUGUGCCAGAAGGCUCCGUCGCCAGCCAUUUGGGAACCACGAGUCGUGGUUACUUCUAUUUCACCACGACCGUGCUGGCUUUGUGUCUCGUCUUUGCUGUGGCAACCAUCAUGGUGUUGGUAGUUCAGAAGAAGGAUUCCAUUCCCAACCCACCUGGAAAAUUCCCCCUUAAAGGAGGAAAUUGCUCAGAAGACAUCUCAUGUAUACUGGAAAAGGCUCCAUUCAAGAAGUCAUGGGCCUACCUCCAAGUGUCAAAGCAUAUAAACAAAUCCAAGUUGUCUUGGAACAAAGAUGGCAUUGUCCAUGGAGUCAGCUAUCAGGAUGGGAAUCUGGUAAUCCAGUUCCCAGGUUGGUACUUCAUCAUUUGCCAACUGCAAUUUCUCGUGAAAUGCCCAGAACAUUCUGUUGACCUAAAGUUGGAGCUUCUCAUCAACAAAGAUGUCAAAAAGCAGGCGCUGGUGACAGUGUGUGAAUCUGGAGUGCAAAACAAAAACAUAUACCAAAAUCUCUCUCAGUUCUUGCUGGAGCAUCUGCAGGUCAAUACCACCAUAUCAGUCAAAGUGGAUAAAUUCCAGUAUGUGGAUACAAACACCUUUCCUCUUGAGAAUGUGUUGUCCAUCUUCUUAUAUAGUAGUUUAGACUGAACCAUUUCUCCUGGCCUUCAGGAAGAAAGCAACUCUCUACCAUACAGUAUUCAUCCAUCAAACAGUUGGGCAAAAAGAAAACUCAAGACCAAGACUAAAACCACAAAGGGUAUUAAAUAACACGCUUCUCCUUCUUGUCUCUUGGGAAGAUACAGCUCCAGGGUUAAAAAAAAAAAAAAAAGAACAGUUUUGAAUGAAGUAUCUUUCAAAUAGAAGGCAGGGAAGCAAGGCAGUGUGGUGGGAAAAGCCUCACAUAGGUAUCAGAAGGGAUGGAUUCAUGCCCUGGCCCAAUCACUAACUCACUGUAUGACUUGGAGCUAUUCCUUUCCCCUCCCUGGAACUCUGGAUCCAUGUCUGAGAAGUGAAGGGGCUGGAUUUGAAUCUAUCCAAAGUCUCUACCAUCUCAGAAGACCAGGAUCUCUCAUCCCAGACCUGUGAACCAAGAUCCCAAGCAGUGUUCUAGAAGCCCCGUAACCAAAGGAAAGGCCCUCACACCAAUAUAAAUCCAAUGAUACUAGUAGUAUCUGGCUGCAUGUCACCUCAGCACAGUCAGAAUUUGGGGACAAGACUCAAGGUACCUUGCCAAAUGAUGUGAACAGUGGGAUCUAAAAUCUAUAAAAGAAAGGACUGCCCAACUGACCAUCCUGAAUCUAAGAGGCCUCCUGGUAUUUGGAAAACCACCUGAGCAGGCUUAACUCCAUUCAAGUUAAGAUUAACAGUAAGUCAAUAGCAGACACCUUUUGUUUCUUGUGGGGAAGGGCUGUGCAUUCUGCAAAUGCUCCAUCAGUGUGCAGUGGUUAUGGUGAUGCAGCCAUUUGGUCAGGCAAUAGCUGCCACCAUUUCUCACAUGAUCUCUCUUAGGGAACCAUUUCUGUGGAGGGUUAUUAAGGCUCCAAAGUGUUGUUGAUAAAUGAUUAUGGCCCUGUAAAUGGUGAGAAGGACUUCUGAACAAUGGUAAACUCCUCUCCUGAGUUGGGUAACCAUGAGAUUUCUCUAGCUCCAUCAACCUACCUUUACAUCCAUCCAUCAUUUCCAAGGAGCACCUUAUCUGUUUGAAAGAAGGACCAUUCAGCUUGAAGUAUAAAUCCUCAGAAUUUAUGCUUCAGAAGAAAAAAGGGACCCUUAACUGCCAUGCCAAAGACUGGAGCAAAAUUUGCAUUUUUCUCAAAAAAAGAGGAGGGAAAAGAAAAAUGUAGGAAGUCGGGUGCAUUUGUCAGAGAAAGACUAGAAAAAAGUGUAAAAGAAGAAAGAAAAAAAAAGACCCAGUCUUGUUGGUAUGGAUGAGAAAGAAUUGGAAAAACAAAAUAGCUAGGGAAAAAAUUUAAGUCAUUUGCUGAGCAGCAUAGUAUGUUAACCUCCUCUUCAGCCUCCUCUAUGAAAUAUUCAGUAAAGUCUACAUUUCUCAUAACACUUUCUAUGAGUAGAUUCUUUGGGAGGAGCGGGCAUUAGAAGUUUUGAAUUGAGCAAGCCAAGUAUGUUGCAAACACAGAGACAGGUUUCGAGGACCCAAAACUAGCAAGUAAGGGGGUAUGUGGCAUUUGAGUUAUACUCUAACUCAGAAGGACAAAUGAAUCUUGUUUAAGCCAACUCAUGCAUUCUUGAAAAGGUAUCUCCAAUCUAAGCUUGUAUAAACUAAGGAAAUUUUCUACUGUCUCAUACUCAAACUUCAGAAAGAAUCCCAUUCCUUCUCUGAGCAGAAACACCUGACUUUUGCACUUGAGUGAUUCCUACUCUCAAUCUCUGUCAAGCAAUGCUCUGAAAGCCAACAGCUGAAGACACAGGACAUUUAAAGCAGUUCUGUAGCAAGACAGAAAAAAAAAGGUAAUCAUUAGCAACUCAACUGAAAAUAAUAGGGAGUGGAUAACCUGGAAAGUUUAAAACUAGAUUCUCUUACUCUUUGAGGGUUAACCAGCCCUUGGGAAUGUGAUAGUAUCUAUGCAAAUAAAAUAAAUAAUUUCUCUAACUGGGAACCCAAGCUACCCAAAACAUAUGUCCCCUUGGGCAAAACCCAACUGGAGCUCACACACACACACACACACACACACACAGUAUACAUGCGGAACUUGUAUAGAAGGAUGAUAUGUGAGUUGAUAAGAAACUAUCAGUGUAGAUGUGUUCCUACCCUUGAGAAAUUUAUAAGACUUUCUUUCUCCAAAAAGUUUGGUAACUUUUUCUUCACCUAGUCUGUCUAUCACCCACUGAUGCCUCCUCAACUUACCCCAGUUCCCUCUUAAAUUCCCCAGUCACACAAAGGUUGGCUCAGAGGAGGGCACAGCACGCCCAGGAGGGUUGAUAGGAACAAUCUGUAGAGGGAGGAAAUACCGAAGGAAAUUGGGUAGAAUUUACCAAACAAGGGAGCCUUCCAGAAUCCCUGGAAUACCACUGAUUAUUCUGGCAUGGGGGGACAAAGCCCUUAAGAGGAUUGAGAAGUCAGUCCCUGUCAUGUCUGGAAAAAAUCCUGAGAGAUGAGCUAAGCCAAAGUUUGAAUCCAAGCCCACUAGAGGGCAGAGACAUCAAGUCCUCACAUGUGGUUAGCAGCAGAGCUGGGAUUUGAGCUAGCUGGUGAGCCCAGACUCCUGACUCCCCUCUCCAUUAUUUCCCACCAGCCUUUUUUGGCUUUGUCCUGUAGUCUUUCUGUAAUUCCUCAGGUCAUAUCUUUCCAGCCCUCCACCAUGGUGGUCCCCAGCAUUCAGGGACUUCCUUUGUUCUUCUUUGCACCACUUGGAUCCUCCAGGAUCAUCAUUCAAAAUGAGACACAGAUAGUCUGUAGAUUCAUGGUCAAAUCACAGAAAAAGGUCAGGGUCCCAUAUAGAAAAGUAUAAUCUCUCAGAAACUGAAGAAAUAAUUUAAAAAUUAAAAGCUUACUGUUUUAAUUUGAAGUUAUGCUUGUGUGUAUAUAUGUGUGUGUAUAAUGUAUGUAUACAUGUACACAUAUGUGUAUGUAUGUGUAUUAUAUAUACACAUGUUUGUGUUAUAUAUGUGUGUGUUUUAUAUACACGUGUGUGUGUGUGUGUGUGUGUGUGCUCUAGUAGUUGUUUUACAGGUCACCUGCUUAACCUGUUGUCAGGGGAGGAAGCUUGAUUCUUGCUCUGGGCAUUGCAAAAUGUAUAUACACUUGUAUUUAUUUUUAAUUAUGAAAAGAACAGAAAAUAAUUUCUUCCAAUGCCUCACUGCUUAUUUAAUAACUAUUAAUAUUUUGCCAUAUUUGCUUCUGCUUCUUUUUAAAAAGAAAACACUGCAGAUAGAACAAAGUCUCAUUCCUCCAUCCAUUUCCCUGUAGCCUCCCCCAAGAGAGCCACUGCCCAGAAGUUUGCACACCCCCUUCACUUACAUAAUUUUUUAGUUUUUUUCCCAUAGGUAUGUAUAGUACAAUUUUGUGUGGCUUUAAAAUUUUUAAUAAAUGAUAUCAUACUUCAUAUUACAUUAUGUGACUUGAAAUUUUUCAUGUAAUGUUAACUUUUUGAUAUUUAUACAGAUUGACACACGUAGAUCUGGCUCACCUAUUUAACUGCUUUAUCCUAUUUCAUUGUUUGACUAUGCCAGGUGGUCCAUGUUUCUAUGGAUGAACAUUUAGUUUGCCUCUUGAUAUUGCUACAAUGAACAUAUCUCCCUGAACAGCUCCUUCUAUUCUUCUAUAUAGCAAAAAUACUCUUUGAAAAUUAUAAAUAGUACCCUGACACUACUGAGUCAACCUUGACUGAUGAGGUUAGACCCGUCUGUGGUCACAGCUCAUGAGCUGGAGCUUUGGAAUCUAAAAAGCUCUUUCCAUCUUUCCUAGAACUUAUGUGCUCUGAACAUCCAUUCCACACACAACUCCUGAAUGCCAGUGUGGUGUGCUCCUAGGACCCCAUGCCAGGUGCUGGUUCAUGACCCAGCACGGUAUGAGCCAUGGCUCCACCAGGCUGCUACAGAAUCAGCUCCAAUUAACAUGGGGUCACAAGGCACUCUGGAGCUUCCCUGGAUCCAGUUCUUUCUCUAGAGAGUAAAUAAAAAACACCAGAAAGCAUGAAGGAUGAGCACAACCCCAGGAGGAAAAUUCUCCCCCAAAACAAAAUGUCCGUAUUCCUUGUGGUCUAUUCCAGACCUCUUUUCUCUUCACACUCCAUGCUAUCUCCCUGCAUGGCUUAAUCAACUCCCCCUGGUUUCAAUGGCAUCUUCUUGCCAAUGACUGCAUAAUUGGUCUCUCCAGCUUUGCUUUGCUCCUAAAAUUCAACCCCACAUAUUCAGUAGCCACUGGGCUCUACCCAUUAGUUAUUUCUGAGACCUUACAAUGGAAGAUUGGCACUCCACAUCUAGUGUAGUGUGUGUUUACCAUGACUCAGGAGAAGAAAUGCUCUACUCUGCAAACAAAAUGUGUACACACACACACAACUCUAAGACCAAGGAUACAUUAAGCAAUACUUACCCUAACUGCUCAUGACUAAGAAAAAAAAAUCUUGUUGUGACCUCCUGAAUAGAUUUGAUGAUGCUGUCAUGAGUCACAACCCACAGUCUACAAAUGCUGUUGUAGUGUGACUUUCCCUGCUCCACAAGUUGGAAGAUUCAAAAUACACUUUGCUAAUUCUAUUGCAGCUUGGGUUCUAGAAGAGUUUAGUCCAAGAUGGACAAGAUUUUAGAACGUUGUCCACUUUUCUAGCAAGCCCACUUCUGUGGAAGUGUUGGGUUUUCUGCAGGUGGCAUUUGCAGAGGCUCCGGUGUUCAGAUAUGAGGUUGGUGGGUGCAGUGAGUCUGAGCGUAGGGACAGGAACAUCCACUCUGCUGACAUGUCUGUUGCAGAUUAGCAGUGGUUCUAGAUCUGGCAGCAGUAGCUGCUUCCUGAUUAUGGUGGUUUCCUGUUUGAAACAGUGGUGUUGUGGCUCUAGAGGGGCAGCUUCCUGAUUGCAAGAUUGUUGAAAAGACAGCAGCCAACCAAGCAGCCCUGUUCUGUGGGACAGCAUUAGAGGUUGCUCCUGAAAGCCCAACCUAGAUUCUGUGUCUUCAGCCCUCUUGGCAAGUCUGUGAUAAAUGCUUUCCUGCUAAACAAGCUGGCAUGACGUCUGUUCUCUGUAAAUGAUCCCUGAUGGAUACAAUCUCAACAUGUAAAACUGACUUCAAAGUACUCACCCCAAACUUGUCACUAUUCCUAUGUCCUAAAUCUCAAGGAUGAUCUGAGUCUUUCACAACCCUUCUUUCCUAUUAUUUAUCCAAUCAAUAUCUGUCUAGUUCAUCAAGUUCUCUUGUCCUCACCAGCACCAUCUCACCUGUGUCACCCUUGUCACCUCCUAACUCACACCCUGGCUCCUAUCUUACCUCUUACAAAUCCCAUUUCUAGAUACCACCAUCAUUCUGGGGACUGAGUAGUAAUGACCACCUAUCAAGCUCUUCCAUGUCCUGCACUUUUCACAACACACUCACUGAAUCCUCAAAACAGCCCUGUGAGGCAGGUAUUGUUAUCCCCACAUUGUGCACAGUGACAUUGAGACUCUGAGACAUUGAGUAGCACGGCCAACAUCACACAGCCACUGGGUCAUAGAGCUGGAAUUCAAGUCCUGAUGUGUGAACAUCUCCCACUCCAACAUUCCAUUCUCCAACCACUGUGGACCCAGCAGCCUUCCUAAAAUCUAAGCUCUCUAAACCAGCUCCCUCCACAUCAAGAUCUUUCUUUCCUCUCUCACUUCAUGCCACCUCCCACCUUGUGCUUGAUACUCAAAUCACAUUGAACUUCUCCCAGUUCCUCAAACCUUUCAUGUUCAGUCUUGCCACCAGGUGUUUGGAAGUGUUCUUCCUUCUGCCUGGAAUAUUCACUUCACUCUCUCUCUCUGGCUAACUCUCAUCAUUGUUCUGAUCUCCUUAGAGAAGCCUUCUUGACUCUUCUGGCCUCACCUAAUUCCCUUCUGUCUUCUUCCCUAUUUGUCCUGUCCUUAUAGGCAUGAUGCUAUUUACCCUGGCUCUCUUUAUGUACUUCCUCCCUGGCAUCUAAACUCCUAGAAGGCAGGAAUCCUAUCAAUCUUAUUCAGCACUGGGUCCUCGCAGCCCAGCCCAACCCCUGGGACAUAACAGCCGUUCAAUAACUAUUUCUUAAAUGAAUAAUCAAAGAAAAUCUCUAAAAACACAGACCAUAUUCUAGGGAAAAGAUACCAAACAAGCCAUCCAAAAGAGAAAAAAAAGACUAAAAAUUCUCUAAAAAGUAUAGAAAUGUGAAUUGAAAGCCACCUUUUCUCCUAGAAUGUUUCUCAGCACUCAAGAGAGUAAGAAAGCUAUUAAAGAAAGGGGAAAUGUCCAGACGCCAGAACCCGUCUGUGCCAUCUGAGAAUUUGGAAGGCAAAAACAAAAACAAAACAACAAAAAACAACAAAAAACAAAACAAACAAACAAAAAC